GUGCUAGACAUAAAUCAACACAUUGACUAUUAAUCAUUUUCAUAAAUACUCAUGUAGGCCUCAGUUACACUGUAUAUUUUGCAAAUGUUUGUCAACAGUAUAAUGAAGGGUCACUGUAUAAUAGCCUAAAAAACUGUAAGACAUUACAUACCACAUAUGAUUUUUAUAUAUUACAUUUCUAUAUGGAUUACUUGGUGGCUGAUUACAAAUGGGUCCUUCUUCAGCCUACAAAUCACAGUAAGCUAUAAAAGAAAGUUCUUUCAGUCUUUACUGGGUGCACAACAUUAGUAGUUUUACUGCUGUCUUUGAAUAAAAACCUUCGAUGCUGUGAAGGAAACUCAUGCUGAAUUUUUUAAAGCUGAUAAAGCUCCACCUCCAACUCACCUGAGACAAACCAGGAAACAGACUGUCCUCCACCAGGAAGUAGCACACACACACACACACACACACACACACACACACACACACACAAAGAGAGGCAGACAAUAACAGGCUCUUUCACACGAGACCCAAAACUUCCCCUGAGGGAGGAAAACUACAGCAGGAACUAUUGCGAGCACUACAAUUUUAACACGCUGCUGACUGCUUUCACGGACUGGAAUUCAAGGGGAGAAUAUGACUCAGAGUGAAUGUAACUUUCAGGGAACUUUCUAGAAGAGGAAUAGGAGUCGCGGUUGACUGACUUCCUGUUCUGCCUGGUGUGUUUUCAGCCUCAGAGAGAAAAUGUCUUUCCAAUCUGAAGAGGAUAUUACUUGUCCAGUCUGCCAGGAUAUCUUUAAAGAUCCUGUUGUUCUGUCAUGUAGCCACAGCUUUUGUAAAGACUGUCUGCAUACAUGGUGGACAGGGAAAAUACAGGAGUGUCCAAUUUGUAAGAGAAGAUCAUCAAGAAGUGAACCGCCUUGUAACCUGGCCUUAAAGAAUCUGUGUGAGACCUUCAUGCUGGAGAGAGAUCAGAGACAUUCAGCAGGGUCUGAAGCUGUCUGCAGUCUGCACUCUGAGAAACUCAAACUCUUCUGUCUGGACCAUCAGCAGCCUGUGUGUCUCAUCUGCAGAGAUUCAAAAACACACAACAACCACAGAUUCAGACCAAUUCAUGAAUUUGCACGGGACCACAGAAAGGAGCUCCAGAAAACACUGAAGCCCUUACAGGAGAAAGUGAAGAUCUUUGAACAGGUUAAAGGAAACUGUGAUCAAACAGCAGAACACAUUAAGGUCCAGGCCGAACACACAGAGAGGCAGAUUAAGGAGCAGUUUGAGAAGCUUCAUCAGUUUCUACAAGAGGAAGAGGAGGCCAGGAUCACUGCUCUGAGGAAGGAAGAGAAGCAGAAGAGUCAGAUGAUGAAGGAGCAGAUUGAAGCUCUGAGCAGAGAGAUAGCAGCUCUUUCAGACACAAUCAGAGCCACAGAGGAGGAGCUGAGAGCUGAAGACAUCUCAUUCCUGCAGAACUACAAGGCUGCAGUGAAAAGAGUCCAGCAUCGCCCCCUGCUGGAGGAUCCACAGCUGGUCUCAGGGGCGCUGAUAGACGUGGCCAAACACCUGGGCAACCUGACCUUCAACAUCUGGAAGAAGAUGAAGGAGAUGGUCUCCUACACUCCCGUGAUUCUGGAUCCAAACACUGCACAUCCAGAAUUCAUCCUCUCUAAAGAUCUGACCAGUGUGAGUUACGGAGAGAGACAGCAGCUUCCCGAAAACCCAGAAAGGACUGACUAUCAUCGCUCUGUCUGGGGCUGGGAGAGCUUUAACUCAGGGACUCACAGCUGGGAUGUUGAAGUUGGGGACAAUGCAGCCUGGUUUAUCGGUUUGGCAGCAGAGUCCAUCCAGAAGAAGGGACGUGUGAAAUCUGGGUUCUGGCAAAUAGAGUUCUACAAUGGUAAAUACAGUGCACGCUUGUCAGGAGAUCCACCCGCUGUUCUCCGAGUAAAGAAGAAGCUACAGAGGAUCAAAGUUCAUCUGGACUGGAACAGAGGAAAACUGUCAUUCUUCGAUCCUGAUACUAACACACACAUACACACCUUCACACACACUUUCACUAACAGGUUGUAUCCAUGCAUUGGCACUUUGAAUGAACUCCCACUGAAGAUAUUACAAGGCAAAAUCUCUGUAACAAGAGAGUUAGUUGGUGUAGUUUAGUUAAAUUUAUUAAAGUUAUUUUAGACUCUAUGUAAUCUGUGUGGUCUUGAGAUACAACAACAUUUCUUAAAAAUAGAACUUAAAGUAGUGGUGUAGUGGAUAUUAAAUGCAAAACUUUUUUAUAAUGAAAAUGUAAUAAUAUGGUACAUCACAUAAUAAACAACCAAAGUGGAUGUCUUAAUUUAUACACUUUAACUUAUAACAAUUAACCUAAAUCAAAGUGGGUUUUGACAGUCCAUCUGUUGACACUAGAUAUCAGUAGUUAUUCAGUAGCAUGUCUGUAUCAGUUGACAUUCAACCAGUUUCAACAGACAAGUAAACUGUCAGUAGAUUAUAAGACUAUAGACUAUGUACAGUGUGUCCAUUGACUAUCAAUAUGUUUAUUGAAACAAGUUAUUAACCAAUAAUAAUCUAGCUAUCCAGAUUGGCUCUCGAAGUUGACUAUGAACUACUCAAAAUGAAUCUAUCGGUUGAAAAUCAACAGGAUCAUGUCAGCAUGGUAUUAUGUUGUCCUAACUCAAACACUGUUGAUCAUUUAUGAAAUUAUCAAAGAUUAGUUGAUGAUCAACCGAUCUGUUGUUUGUGAACUUUGACCUUUGUGAUCUGCCACAUUUCUUCUAAAGCCACCAACUGGUCAGCAUUUGUAACAUACAUUAAUUCUGACCUGAGAUCAACGCACAUCAUAAUUCCAUUUAUAUAACUCAAGAGAAACUGAAAACAAUCUACAGUUGAACUUAAACCUUUAAACUUUUGAACAAAAAUGAACAGUGUACUAUAACUAAUUCAGAUUUAAGAUCAACCCUCAGUGACGCAGUGAUCAGUACGGUCCUCAUUAAGACGUCUGCAGUGUACGAUUGAAUCUCUUGCUGCUUGCAGAUAAAUAUUUACAGAUUGUACAGUAAUGUCAACCCACUGCUUACUGCAUCAUAUGACCACAUGAGGGCGUCCCAAACUCUCUGCAAACUCAAACAGGCCUAAAACCCUUUAGUGUUGAAUCCUCAGGUGUGGCUGCUUUACAGUGUGCUUAGUUUGAUGUUAGUAUGUAUUUGCACUUGUGUGAUUAUUGCUGGCUGUUUUUAUUUAUGAAAUAUUUCUGUUUUUUAGAUUUUAGAUGUUUAUAUAUUGCUUUUUCUUUCUUCACUAAAUUCUCUUUUUUCCCCCUUCUUCAUCCAGUCUAAAAACUUGAAAAUGUCUUUAAGUUGACAAACCAUGUUUUCAAAUAAAAAUCAAAUUAAACAAAA